AUGUCUUCAGACGACUCAAUGAGCGAUUCUGACGGCUCUUUCCAAACAAAGCCAUCCAAAGGCAACACAAAGAAGAAGCUGUCGGUUGAGAGGAUAUACCAGAAGAAGACACAGUUGGAGCACAUCCUCCUUCGACCCGACACUUACAUCGGUUCCGUCGAGAGGGAGACCAAACAAAUGUGGGUCUAUAACGAGGACUCGGGUAUGGAGUUGAGGGACAUCUCAUACGUUCCCGGGCUCUAUAAGAUCUUCGACGAAGUGCUGGUCAACGCCGCCGACAACAAGCAACGCGACCCAAAGGGCAUGUCUUGUAUUCGCAUUGAUAUCGACCCGGAGAAGAAUGAGAUAAUGAUUUUCAACAAUGGAAAAGGCAUUCCAGUGAUUGAACACAAGGACGAGAAGAUGGAGAAGAAUGAGAUAAUGAUUUUCAACAAUGGAAAAGGCAUUCCAGUGAUUGAACACAAGGACGAGAAGAUGUUUGUGCCGACACUGAUCUUCGGCCAUCUGCUGACGUCUUCCAACUACGACGACAAUGAGAAGAAAGUGGUCGGCGGUCGCAACGGUUACGGCGCCAAACUCUGCAAUAUAUUCAGCACACGAUUCAAAGUGGAGACCAGUUGUAAGCAAUAUAAGAAGGCCUUCAGUCAGGUCUGGACCGACAAUAUGCAGAACACGUCGGAGCCGAAGAUCACCUCAUCGGCCAAUGAAGACUUCACACGCAUUACGUUCUCUCCCGACCUCUCGAAGUUCAAAAUGGAUUCGCUGGACAAAGACAUCGUCUCUCUGUUCUCCCGUCGGGCGUACGACUGCGCCGGCGCUGCCAAAGGUGUUAAAGUGUUUCUCAACGGCAAACGCCUGCCAAUCAAUGGCUUCAAGGAUUACGUCGAGCUCUUCGUCAGAGGCAAAGAGGAUGAGACGGGCGAACAGUUGAAGACCGCUUACGAAGUGGUCAACAAUCGGUGGGAAAUCGCGGCCACCGUUAGCGACAAAGGCUUCCAACAGGUCUCGUUCGUCAACUCAAUAGCGACCACACGUGGGGGUAAACACGUGGACUAUAUUGCCGAUCAAAUUGUGGCCAAAAUGGUGGACAUAAUCAAGAAGAAGAACAAAGCGGGUGUCAAUGUAAAGCCCUUUCAAAUCAAGAACCAUUUGUGG